UCGUGUGCAGGAACCUGCCCGAAAACCUUGCAAAAUCCAUAUUGAUCGCAAGCCUCGCAUACAAAUCUUCAUUUAUCACACGGUUUCAAAGGAGAAGAUCCCUCGAUUUAAGCAAGCAUGGAAAAGUGGAGAUACUUUGCCGUGUUCGGUCUUGUUUUACUAUACUGCUUAUUGGAAGUGAGCAGCGAGGAAUUGGACAAAACCAAAUGGACUCCAAAACUGCGUGAGCCGGUGAAGAUUGGUCAUGAAGAAGAGGUGGUGAUGUUUCCAUUUCACAAAAGAAAAGUGAAGACGAUCAGCAUGAAACCGCCGAUAUUUGAGAUUUCAAAUUUUCUGACUGAUGUGGAAUGUGAUCACCUGAUCAGCUACGCAAAGCGCCUUGGUUUGGAGAAGAGUCCUCUUGCCAAGGCAAACGAGACCAUUGAUGAUGAAACAUCGGAGAGGACUUUUAAAAUAUGGGAUAACAACGGUGACGGAUUUAUAGAGCCUGUUGAAAUAAUGCAUGUUCGUGGAAAGGAAGACCUAUAUUUCACUGAGGACGAUCUUCUUGAAAUGUUUAAAGAUCUUAACAUGGACAAAGAUGACAACGGAAAAAUCGAUUUUGAAGAAUUCAGCAAAGUAACUGUUCCAGUCAUGAAAGACUACUUCGACAAAGUACGAAGGACAAAGCCUCGACUGCGCAGUCGCAAUAGUCGCCAAGUUUGGAUGUUUCACAAUGAUCCCAAGUACCCAAUCCUCUCGGAUUUUCACGGCAGAUUGUCGCGUUUAAGUCUACUUCCAGAAGAAUUUAUCAAAAGUACAGAACCUUUACAGGUCGUUAAGUAUGACGUUCACGGCCAUUACCACUGUCAUCACGAUUCAGAUGAACUUCAAAAGGACCUGCCGUGCUGCUCUUUCUCCAAAGACGAAGACUGUCGACUAUGCAGACUUGCCACAGUCUUGUUGUACUUAAACGAACCCGAAAAAGGCGGAGAGACAGCGUUUCCUCUAGCGGACAACGAAACGUUUUCAACAGAGGCUUGGGAGAAAGGAGAGGGUUGGAAGUGCAAUCUCGCUCAAAACUGCCACAAAAGUAACCUUGUCGUUAAACCAGAGAAAGGGAAGGCGAUCAUGUGGUACAACCAUUUUCUGGACAAAAACACAGGCUGGUUCGGUGAGCUUGACCAGCUGUCGCAACACGGCGGGUGUGAUGUGUUAGAGGGCACAAAAUGGGUUGCAAACCUCUGGUUGACCUUAGUAGGGGAGCCCGGUACAGACGAAGCUUUCAAGGGCUGGAUUGAUUACGGGAAAGACGAGAGUAAAUACAAACUAGGGACGAACUGGAGAGGAGAGGCGAUAAAAACAGGCGAAGAAACGAAGGAAACUCAAGAGAAUCAAGAAGGAGCUGCAACGAAAACAGAUGAAGAAACGAGAAAAGAGAAAGAAAAAACUCUCAUGGAAGCCAAAGAAAGUGGGGAUGGUUCAUAUGAUGUUAAGCUUGAACUCUGAUUACAAAAGAUAAAUGGAGACAAGUAAAGAAUGUGUUUUCGAACUUUAUGGGCUUUAACCCAUGCUCAUGUUAAGAUUGGGUUAAAAGCUAUUGCGUUUUGUUAUAUUGCACUAACAUUUUCAAUAAAUUAGCUCUUUUGAUU